AUGGCAUCCUCCUUCCCGCUUGACUUGUCUUCCGUCAACCACUACCCUGCGCUCACCGUGGGCUUGCCAAUCUUCACCUUCAUCCUCUUGUUGGCCAAUGUGGGCGACUGGUUGAGUGCCGUCUUCUCGUUGUAUCCAGGAGCUCCAUUCAAGCUCGACUUGAACCGAUUGUCGUUCUACAUUUUGUUCCACAGAAGCUUCCUCCACUGGUUCCUUAACUGCUUGGCGUUGGCCACACCAAUGGCUAUUUUCGAGCGCACCCACGGGACUGUCUACACCGGGGUCACCUUGAACUUAUUGGCUGCGGUAGCUGGAUUGCAGUAUUGUGUGGUCGGAUUGCUCUUCUAUCCCGACACCCAUGUUGUUGGUCUUUCAGGAGUGGUAUUCAGUUUCUUGAGCUACGUGGCUGUCAAGGAGCACCAGCACCGUCCCGUGUACACCUACACGUUCCAGAGCAGAACCGUGUCGAUCCCCACGCUCUGGACCCCGUUGAUCUUUGUCACCAUCACUGCUGUGUUGCUUCCUGGAUCCUCGUUGUUUGGCCACUUGGCUGGUGUUUCCACUGGCUACCUCUUGGGCUUGGGGUACUUGAAGGUGUUGUACCCUCCCUCCAAAGUCAUUUUGUGGAUCGAAAGAAAGCUCGCAGUGCCCAUCUCCAAGCUCGACGGCUUGGUGGUCUACUACAGGGAGCUGGAAGCCAUCGAGUCCCGGGGUGUUACCUACACCUCGUUGUUGGUCGAGGACCUCGAGGCCUCUGCCUCGACCCCGGCUCCUUUCAGGGGCGAUGGUCAGGUCUUGGGUGCCUAG